ACAUUCGUGCAUGAUUAUGCCGAUUGCUGUGGUGGUUUCGUUAUAAUUAUUCUGAACAUUCAUGAUAUUUCUAUUAUGGCUUUUGAUACGGGGUUGAUACACACUCUGGUGCAUGGCAAAUUCAAGGACUACCUUGUGGACUACCCAACGUGUGUAUGCCUAUGCCAUCUCAUACCAUUGUUUAAUUCUUGUCUGCUACAACAGGAAAUACACAAUAGCCUACUCGUAUUACCCCUCUUUUUCUGUAAAAAAAUAAUGUAGUCCGUUUUGAUAUUGUUCAAAUCGCCUAAACCAGUAUGAUUACGCGUAUGGAACAAAUCUCCAUAUAGUGGACGGUCUCUUUAUCUCCACGAGUUGGUUGGGGAUCGGGGGUGGAACAUGUCGCAAUUCUUUCUCAAGAAUGUUUUACAGAUUUUUAUGGCUGGUGCUAUCACUGGGGUAUUUCUGCUCCUCUUUCGUAGGCAUGCAGGAAUCCGGCAGUUUGAAAGAAACUAUGACACUGAGGAAUCCGGUCGAGAACAUUCUGAAGAAUCAACGCCUUCUCGACGGGAAUGCACGCGGAAGAACAACAUCGGGUUCUUUAAGAUGCACAAGUGCGGCAGUAGUACCCUGCAGAACGUCCUGAUGCGGUACGGUGACAGAUAUAACCUGAAUUUUGUACUUCCGUGGCGCUCGAAUGUGUUCAGCCAGACACAUUUGAGAUUAAGCAUGGACUUGGUCAAGUCUUUUCCUGUUCACGACUACAACAUUCUCUGCCACCACACGCGAUAUAGCAAAGAAGGCUUUGAUUCUUUGUUGCCGGCUGACUCUACAUACGUGACUAUUAUCCGGGACCCGACCACCCUCUUCGAAUCCUUGUACACCUACUUCCGUUACGACGAGUGUUUCGGCGUUCCCUUAGAAACCUUCCUGGAGAACCCGCAACAGUAUGACCGAUCCCACAGUUUUGGAGACACGGACACUGGAUGCUACGCCAAAGACAGUAUGCUCUUUGAGCUUGGUCUUGAUGAUACCGAAAAGGCCGACCCCAAGGUCAUCGAGGAAAUGAUCCACAGGACUGCCUCCGAAUUCGAGCUCGUCAUGAUCAUGGAAUACUUCUCCGAGUCACUGAUCCUGCUUAAAGAACUCAUGUGCUGGGAUCUUGAAGACGUCUCCUACUUCGUGGUGAACGGCCGUGCCACCUCUUUCAUCAAUAAACUAUCUGACGUAACGGCGGAGAGAAUACGAAAGUGGAAUAAUGGGAACACCGAGUUAUAUCGUUUCUUCAACGAGACGUUCUGGAGGAAAGUGAAAUAAUUUUGAGAAGACCGCAUGCGGGAAGAAGUAGCCAAACUUGAGGAGGUGAAUAGGAGAAUGGCCGACCGAUGCGUCCAGAAAGAAAUUCUCAAUGCUGUUUGGCACCCGGAUGGUGUAGAUAUCAAGAGUUAUCAAGUGAAAGACUCGGCAAGAAACGACCGGGAUUGUCAGUUGAUAACAAAAGGAGAACUUGCGUUCACUAAUUACCUCCGGAAGAAACAGCUAGAAAAAUAUUUUGGACUGAAACUCAUGGACGAACUGUGACACAUAUUGCAUACAUUUAAUAGAGAAAUAUAGACUUGGUAAAAGCCUUCAUUCUUUUUAUUGAAUAAAAAAAGUUUUAAUUUAAUUAAUAAGCCAUUUCUGAAUAUGCUACAUAGCAACUUUCCACAAGAAAUUUCCUUUCUUAUCAAGAAUAUAUUGGUACUCAAA